AUGGACGAAGUUACCCUGCGUCGCAAAGACACCACCAAGGGUCCGCCGCUGCGGAUCCUGUCUCUCGAUGGAGGCGGUGUUCGCGGCUACUCCAUGCUCAUCAUUCUCCAGGAACUCAUGUACCGGACAUACGUCGAAUGCGAAGGCAAACCCCCGCGGCGCGACCAGAUUCCAAAGCCUUGCGACCAUUUCGACCUGAUUGCCGGCACCGGCACCGGCGGUCUGAUCGCAAUCAUGCUGGGGCGCCUUCGCCUCGACCUUGAGACUUGCAAGGAAGUUUAUGUACGGAUGACUCGAAAGGUUUUUGAAACGGACAAGACGAUCGCGGGUAUCCCGUAUCGCUCAACGUUGUUCAAGGCCUCCAAGCUGGAAGAGGCCAUCAAGGAAUGUGUGCGCGAACACACCGUUUUCGAGGCCGAAGGGAACGACCAACCCGGAGGAGAUCCGCGCGCAUCCAUCUCCAGCCUGCCCUAUAGCUCAGGACCCAUGCCUCAACGCUCUGUCAGCCGUGGCAGUUUCAGCACCUCGGCAAUGUCACAUCCGCAAAGUCCAACAAGCCAAAGAGGCUCCACCUUUCUCAACGGGUUGCGCUGGGGCAAUCCGGAGGCAUUGCUCUAUGACAACCGAGAGAAUCGAACCAAAACGGCUGUCACUGCUCUCUAUAAGGGUACCCAACGCAAUGUACCUGCAGUCCUUCUGCGCUCCUACGACUCCCGUCGAGAACCUCCACCGGAAUUUGACUGCACCAUCUGGCAAGCUGGUCGCGCCACCUCAGCAACCGGACUCGCCUUCAAGCCGAUCCAAAUUGGCCAGCACAAGUUCAUCGAUGAGGGCUCCGGCACCUACAACCCUGCACCGCAAAUCCUAGAGGAGGCGGUGGUCAACGAGUGGCCUGGUCGGGAGGUUGGUGUGUUUGUGAGUGUUGGAACGGGCAAGCGGCCUUCGGGCACAAACAACCGACAGCAUGAAUGGUGGGAGGAUUUCUUUGGUGAUGCGCUGGGCACAUUCGCCGAGGCCCGGCGACGACUCAUUUCCAAGAUUGAAGGCUGUGAAGAUAUCCACCAGGAGAUGCUGCGGGACAUCCUAGCUAAGAGAAAUGUUUCGAGAGACAACUACUGCCGUUUGAAUGUUGAGGUUGGCGUGGGCGAGUUCGGCAUGAACGAAUGGAAUCGACUUGCCGACAUCAGCACCAAUACUCGACGAUACCUGGCGAGGCCCGAGGUGAAGAAGAUGAUUAUGGAUUCUGGUGUUCGGUUCGCCAAGAUCGAUCGCAUGAACAAGCGCCUAGCUGCGCAUGCCGCUGCUGGAGGGGAGCGGGAUGAUCUAUCUUUCGACUUAGAGCGAGAAGAGAUCACCGUCCACUCCCCGAUUGAGUCACCGUCUCAGUCUCAGUCUCAGUCUCAGUUCCAAUCCUUCUCCCAUUCUCUAUCUCAGUUCCCAUCUCCGCCUAGUACGGCCCCCUACUCCGUACCACCACCUUCCAACCCCAUUGCGAUCGAGCUUCCUGCGGAGCCCGUCGAGUACUUCUCUCACCCACCCACGCAAGUAUCACCACCGGUGCCUACUAGUGUGACGGUGACCGCACCGCCAGCCGAUGACUCGCUGCCCGCUCACCCCACGCCGCAUGAUAGCGUAACGGGUUUCCCUGCCCGCAAUUCAAGCGGCGAGGUGGCGACUUCUCGUCGCAGCCACGAUUACGGGCGGCCGUCGUCGCAGCAGCAGAGCGGGAGUCCUCCCCGCCGCAGUGCCGACCAGUACUCUGCUUUCAACGGGAUGCCACCCCCUAUCCCUCCCAAGACGCCCAUCCCCUAUCCGUCUGCCGACGAUGAUCGCGUUGCGAUGCCGGCGCCGCUGUUCUCGCAGCACCCCAUACCUGCCGCUACCGGGAAGGUCCGCCCGCCCUACCCUGUCGACGAGCCGCCGCCCGCUGUGAACCGACAAAGCAAGCCGAGCUACCAUCUACGAUGA